AGUGAGUGAGUAAGUGAGUGAGAGAGAGAGAGAGAGUGAGAGAGAGAGAGAGAGAGACCGUUCUGGGGAAGGGCAGGUCGGCCCCUCCAGUUCUCCUAUUGGCUGCAGGCGCAGUGAACGUCUCCUUGGCCUCUUCUUGGACUCGGGGGUCGACGCCGUCCGUUCCGACGCAACAAGCGUGGCCACGGCCAGUCGUCACCAGCACCUGGACGAGCCUCGGUCUCUCUUCUAGAUGCACGAGGCCGCGAAUGGUACCAAAACCCCAAAAAGGAAGUUCAGAGUCCGAGUGUAAAAGUAGCCUUGUCCUGAGACGCAGCCAGCACCAGGAGCUGCUGGAAACUCGACUCCUCCGUGGGAGCGCGCUGUCAGCAUGACGGAAAAGCCUUCUCUGGAAGGCAACGAGGACCGAGCCUGGCUGGGUGAGGGCCAGUCCGAAUCCCAGCUCACAACAGGUCCAGAGGAAGUGGAGGAAAAUGGUGGAGACCGGCCCGCGUGGGACUCUAAGAUCCAGUACGUGUUGGCCCAGGUGGGGUUCAGUGUGGGCCUGGGGAAUGUGUGGAGGUUCCCGUACCUUUGCCACCAAAAUGGAGGAGGAUCCUUCAUGUUAUUGUAUGUUUUUCUUCUCCUGAUUGUGGGAGUUCCACUGUUUUUCAUGGAGCUGGCAGCUGGCCAGUGCAUUCGACAGGGCAGCAUCGGUGUGUGGAAGCACAUCUCCCCAAAGCUGGCAGGCAUCGGCUACUCCAGCUGCAUGGUCUGUUUUUACGUGGCUCUUUACUACAAUGUCAUCAUUGCAUGGAGCCUGUUCUACCUGGGUAAUUCUUUUCAGUAUCCUCUGCCGUGGGAGCAGUGUCCAAUCGAUGUAACCACUAAUGACACAGUGAAAGAAUGUGCGGGCAGCUCCCCGACGUCAUACUUCUGGUUCCGGAAAGCCCUCAACAUCACGAACUCCAUCCAAGAGUCCGGAGAGUUGAACUCCAUCAUGACGGGCUGUUUACUGGCUGCUUGGACAAUUGUCUCUUUGGCUAUGAUCAAGGGCAUCAAGUCUUCUGCAAAGGUGAUGUACUUUUCCACAGUCUUUCCCUAUGUGGUGCUCUUCAUUUUCCUCAUCAGAGGGUUGAUGUUGGACGGCGCGAUUGAAGGAAUCACAUAUAUGUUUUAUCCCAAACUGGAAAUCUGGGCUAAUGUGCAGGUGUGGCGACAGGCUGCCACACAGGUCUUCUUUGCACUCGGUCUGGGCUACGGCUCUGUUAUCGCAUAUUCCUCCUACAAUCCAUACCACAACAACUGCCACAGGGACGCGCUGAUGGUCUCUGGCAUCAACUUCAUGACGUCUGUGCUGGCCUCGCUGGUGGUUUUUGUUGUGCUGGGUUUCCGCGCCAAGAACAUUGCUCUGCGCUGCGUGGCUAAUAAUCUUGAUCUACUAAGCUCAUCAGAUGGAUCUGACCAGCACUGGUGGCCUUGGUUCAACAUGUCAGACCCCAGCUCUGUGUCCAUAGCGGAGUACAGAGAGUGGUACGGUCACUACAGCUCCAUGGCCGGCUCUAACAUCACUGACUGCAGUCUGGAGGAGGAGAUGAAUAAGGGCAUUGAGGGGACGGGCCUGGCAUUCAUAGCAUUCACUGAGGUGAUGGCCUUCUUCCCAGCCAGCCCCUUCUGGUCCACAUUGUUUUUCCUAAUGCUGCUCAACCUGGGCCUGAGCACCAUGUUUGGGACCAUGCAGGGAAUCCUCACACCGCUUAUGGACAAUUUCAGCUUUUUGGGGCGCCACAGGACUUUGCUCACUGUGUCCAGCUGCGCUUUGGGCGCCUUGAUAGGACUGUUGUUCACCCAGCGCUCGGGCAACUAUUUUGUGACUAUGUUUGACGACUACUCUGCAACCCUCCCGUUGGUCAUUGUGGUCAUUUUUGAAACCAUUAGCGUGGCGUGGGUUUAUGGAACUGAUCGCUUCCUGGAUGAUAUUGAAGUCAUGCUCAAGUGGCGCCCUCCAGUGGUGUACAAAUACCUCUGGAAAUAUGUCUGUUUACUGGCAAUGGUUGGUCUUCUGGCGGCCAGUUUGCUGCGCAUGGUCUUCAAAAGUCCCACAUACACUGCCUGGAAUCAAAGCACAGCGUCUGAGAUGACUCUCGAGUACCCUGGCUGGGCCCUGGCUAUGAUCGUCACUCUCAUUCUCCUUGCCAGCUUGCCCGUGCCCAUUGGCUACAUCCAUUACACGUGGAAAAACCGCAGGGUCCCUAACUCUCUCUCCAGCGAGGGAGGCGGCCAGGAGAUGCACCGCGAGUUGUACACCAAGUGCGGCUCCGCUGAGCAGCCGGAUUCCGGCGCCCACCAACGAGUCCCCCACGAAGAAGACGAGGCUCAUCCCAGGACUGCCUUCUUGCCAAUGGGCAGCGAACACUACCGGCUCCUGCCCCAGCAGGAGGACGAGGACGAGGACGAGGAGCAAGACACGGGAGUGUGAGCGCAGCUGAAGGAGGGUCCUUGUUUGAUGGUGAACGAAAACAAAAUGUGGAUCCUCGGAGAGCCCGUUAGCGAGACCCUGCAAGAGAGAGAUGGCAAAGUGGAGGGGGGACAGUCAUAGAUGUUAUUUAUCCGAGGAUGAGUCUCUGGGUUCAUCCAAAAGACUCAUCCUGUUCAAGCAAGCUCUAUAUUGCUGACGAGCCAAAGUUGUUUUUAACUAUUUAUAUUGAUAAAGUCACAUUAGCAGUCCAUUUAAAAGCUUUUUAGAUUCUAUAGUUAUGAAAUGAUGACCUCAGCUCCUCCUCCUACAUCCCUCCAUUCAGUGAAAAUGAUGAUGAUGAUGAUGAUGAUGAUGAUGAUGAUGAUGAUGAUGAUGAUGAUGAUGUGUAUGGGUUUGAACGAAAACAUUCUACCAUAAGAAACUGUGACGUGUGUGUGUGUGUUCUGAAUCAGUUUGAAUGUAAAAUGAGAGAUGUCAGUUAAAUAAGUUUUAUUUUACUAUAUAUUGAUAUCAUUUUACCUCAUAAAAGCACAGUGAUGGUUUUUUUUUCUUACCUGUGUUCACUCGGUGUUGAGUGUAGCAGUAGUGUUGUACUUAGUUGAGGACUUCAAUAAACCUCUAGAUGGCAGUAA